AGUUGAGUCCUGAGAUUUGGGCUCUGUGGUCCUUCGUCCCUCCGCGGUGGCCGCCUACCCACGAUGGAGGGCUCCGCAAUGGGCGCCCCCGAGUCUGCGCCUUCUCCCCCCGAGUCCGAAGAGUUCCCCAGCUUGGCCAGCGGCCCCGAGGUAGCUCCCGAGGAGACCAAUUGCUGCGCCCGGUCCCAAGAGGCGGCCCCCAAGAAACUCUGCGGGUAUUUAAGUAAGUUUGGCGGCAAAGGACCCAUCCGGGGCUGGAAAUCGCGCUGGUUCUUCUACGACGAGAGGAAAUGCCACCUGUACUACUCUCGGACAGCGCAGGAUGCUAAUCCUUUGGACAGUAUCGACCUCUCCGCUGCGAUCUUUGACUGCAAAGCGGACGCCGAGGAGGGCACUUUCGAAAUCAAGACCCCCAGCAGGGUUAUUACCCUGAAGGCUGCCACCAAGGAAGUGAUGCUGUACUGGCUGCAGCAGCUGCAGAUGAAGCGCUGGGAGUUCCACAGCAGCCCGCCCGCACCUCCUGCUGCUCCUGCUGCUUCCCUGGCUGGGAAUGGGCCCACCUUACACCUUGAGCUAGGGCAAGAGGAGGCAGAGCUGGAGGAGCUGUGUCCUGUGAAAACGCCCACUGGGCUUGUGGGUGCAGCGGCUGCCUUGCAGCCGGCCCCUGCCAUGCACUUGGCCCUUCAGAACAUCUCCCUCAAGCAUCUGGGAACUGAAAUACAAAACACCAUGUUCAACAUCCGUGGUAACAAGCAGGCUCAAGGAACAGGCCAUGGGUCUCUAGUGGAUGAGUUUCCACAGAAUGGGGAGCAGCCCUCGGCCUCUGACCCCAGCACCUCAGGAAAAGAGUCAGUGGAUUCUCCCAAACCCGCACCCAAGUCCUCUCUGCCCAUCAACCUCACACAGAAAACCAAGCGCCAGAGCAACACCUUCCCGUUCUUCUCCGACGGACUGGCAAGGAGCCGGACUGCCCAAGAGAAGGUGGUAGCUUUGGAGCAGCAGGUGCUGGUGCUCACCAGGGAGUUACAGUCCCAGAAGGAGCUGGUGAAGAUCCUGCAUAAGGCUCUGGAGGCCGCCCAGCAGGAGAAGCGGGCGUCCAGCGCCUAUCUGGCGGCGGCUGAGGACAAGGACCGGCUGGAGCUAGUUCGGCACAAGGUGCGGCAGAUCGAGGAGUUGGGCCGGCGGGUGGAGGCCCUGGAGCAGGAGCGGGAGCACCUGGUGCACGAGGCUGGCCUGCGGGAGCAGCAGGUGCAGGCGCUGCAACAGCACGUGCAGCUGCUCAUGGACAAAAACCAGGCCAAGCAGCAGGUCAUCUGCAAGCUGUCUGAGAAGGUCACCCAGGACUUCACCCAGCCCUGUGACCAGCCCCCCAAGGCCCCUGCAGCUGCUGACAUGGACUUCCUGAACCAGCAGGAGAGGAUGGAGCACUUAAAGGAUGAUAUCGAAGCUUACCGGACCCAGAACCGCUUCCUCAACUCCGAGAUCCACCAGGUUUCCAAGAUCUGGAGGAAGGUGGCCGAGAAGCAGAAGGCCCUGCUGACGAAGUGUGCCUACCUUCAAGCCAGGAACUGCCAGGUGGAAAGCAAGUACCUGGCCAGCCUUCGAAGGCUGCAGGAGGCUGCAGGGGGCGAGGCCAGCGAGGCUAGUGAGUCCUCGGAUCUGCUGCGGCAGCUCAUCCAGGAUGCUCUGCAGUGGGAAGCCAGUGAGGCGUCAGCCGACACUGUGGGGCUAAACCCCAUCAGUGAGUAUGACGAGUACGGCUUCCUGACGGUGCCUGACUACGAGGUGGAAGACCUGAAGCUGCUGGCUAAGAUCCAGGCGCUGGAGGUACGCUCCCACCACCUGCUGGCAUUGGAGGCCAAGGAGCGACCACUGCAGGAGCGCUGGGCCAACCUGGGUGAGCUCGUGCCCUCGGCCGAGCUGAAGCAGCUGCUGCGGGCAGGCAUACCCCGUGAGCACCGGCCACGCGUCUGGAGGUGGCUGGUCCACCUCCGCAUCCAGCACCUGCACACUCCUGGCUACUACCAGGAGCUGCUAGGCCGGGGCCAGUCCUGUGAGCACCCUGCUGCCCGCCAGAUCGAGCUGGAUCUGAACCGGACUUUCCCCAACAACAAGCACUUCAGCUGUCCUACCUCCAGCUUCCCUGACCAGCUCCGCCGGGUGCUACUGGCCUUCUCCUGGCAGAACCCCACCAUCGGCUACUGCCAGGGCCUGAACAGACUGGCAGCCAUCGCCCUGCUAGUCCUGGAGGACGAAGAGAGUGCCUUCUGGUGCCUGGUGGCUGUCGUGGAGACCAUCCUGCCGGCCGACUAUUAUAGCAAGACGCUGACAGCAUCCCAGGUGGACCAGCGGGUGCUGCAGGACCUCCUCUCAGAGAAGAUGCCCCGGCUCAUGUCCCACCUGGGGCAGCACCGCGUGGACCUCUCCCUUAUCACCUUCAACUGGUUCCUCGUGGUCUUUGCAGACAGUCUCAUCAGUGACAUUCUCCUGCGGGUCUGGGAUGCCUUCCUGUAUGAAGGGACCAAGGUGGUGUUCCGCUAUGCCCUGGCCAUUUUCAAGUACAACGAGGAGGGGAUCCUGCAGCUGCAGGAUGGCCUGGAGAUCUACCAGUACCUACGCUUCUUCACCAAGACCAUCUGUGACAGCCGGAAGCUCAUGAAUAUCGCCUUCAGCGACAUGAACCCCUUUCCCAUGAAGCAGCUGCGGCAGCUGCGGGCAGCCCACCGGGAGCGGCUGGAGGCUGAGCUGCGGGAGCUGGAGCAACUGAAGGCUGAGUACUUGGAAAGGCGAGCGUCCUGGGGCAGAGCGGUGCCAGAGGGCUGUGCCAGCGAGGAGGAUGGGGAAGGGGAUGCCUGACCAGGCCCCUCACCUUGCCUCCCAAAGCCUUUCUCAUCUUGGCAAGCAGGCCCCCUGGAGGUCAGGGCUGGAACAGCAGUCCAACCCUUGGAGCCCCGUUCUGUGCCAGCCUGGAACCGGCUCUUCCCCGUCUUGGGCGUAGGUCUUCCCAGGUGGACUUUGCUGUGAAGACAUUGGCUGGCACUUAACCCAGUGACGCUGCACCUGUCACCUCCCCCGUGGAGCACCUUGGCAUGCAGGCCAGGCGAGAGUGCACUCUGUGGGGUCCCCUGGAACAUUCUCUUAAGUA